AUGGAGAGACUGAAUGAUAACAAGGCCGGUAUGGCAGGCAUCGAUAAGGAACAUAUCCAGAGGAUAAUCGAUGAAAACACUAGUCCAGAAUUUGUGGCGCACGCACAAAAAAGGCAAGAGAGGGUAGACGCGAAAAUAGAACGAUUUAAAAAGAUUCUGCAGAACCUGUCUUCUGAGAAGAUUGCCGAGACGGAGGCUGAGAUGGAUAUUGUGGGCGAUGAGUUGGAAAAGGAACGCGACCUGUCACGGUAUGCUGUCCACGUCGAUAUGGAUGCAUUCUUUGCAGCCGUUGAAAUGCGUGACGAUCCAUCGUUGCGUGAUAUUCCAAUGGCUGUUGGCUCCGAUUCCAUGCUGAGUACUUCCAAUUAUGUGGCUCGUCGUUACGGGGUUCGUGCAGCAAUGCCAGGUUUCAUCGCCAAAAAGUUAUGUCCUGCACUGAAAAUUGUUAUUCCCUCAUUCGGCAAAUAUCGCAAAGCAAGCUUAGAGGUCCGAAAAAUAUUCAGAGAGUAUGAUCCGUAUUUCUCAAUGGGUAGUUUGGAUGAAGCAUACAUGGAUUUGACUGAUUGCCUUCAAAAGCGACUUCAGGACGGCAAAAUGGAGUAUUGA